GAACUGACAGAGUAAACGGGAGAUGCUAAAUUACUAGAGACAAGACCAGCCAACAUCAAUUCAGCAGCACAUAUAUGAGGAUCGACAAAUGCUCUUCAAUGAGAUGACACGCUAACGGGUCUGCCACAUCCCAUAGUCAGACCAUGAACUAUGUGGGUCAGCUGGCCGGUCAGGUGUUCGUGCAGGUGAAGGAGCUGUACAGAGGCCUGAACCCUGCUACCCUGUCUGGCUGUAUUGAUGUUAUUGUGGUGCGUCAGCCCAAUGGCACACUGCAGUGCUCACCUUUUCACGUCCGCUUUGGCAAGAUGGGAGUGCUGCGCUCCCGGGAGAAAGUGGUUGACAUUGAGAUAAAUGGGGAGCAGGUCAGUUUACACAUGAAACUGGGUGAAAAUGGAGAGGCGUUCUUUGUAAAAGAAACAGAAAAUGAUGAGGAGAUGGUGCCAUCCCACCUGGCUACAUCGCCCAUCAUUUCAGAAGGUUCAGCUCUAAUGGAGGCCCUGAUGGGAAAAGGCAUGUCCCAUCUGUCUGAGUCUGGAACCGGAACCGCCAUUCAAACCCUGGGCCCCACACAGGUCUCUGGAGACAGUUCAAUAAUGAAGAAGAGGAGAAAGAGGAGGAGAAAAUCUAAAGUGGACAGCAUGAAACAAGAGGAUAUUGGAGACUUCUCUGAAGAUGAGGACAUGUUUCCCAUCGAUAUGAGUUCUGAUGAAGAAACACAGGCUACAAGCAUUAGAGCCAUGUCGCAUGAGUUGUUUGCUGAGCAGGUGAAAGGAAGCUCCACAACCACCACAUACACACAGUCUGAAAGAAAUUGGACCUGUGUUAAGAGCACUGGGUUGGCGAAGACAUGCUCCUUACCCAUUCCCACCAGUGCAGGAUUAUCCAUCUCCUGUCCCCAUCAGAUAACCAUGUUCCAGUCAACACACAGCAGUCCAAAUGACUCCUUGCCCUCAACACCUAAGAGUGACUCGGAGCUACUGGCCGGUCAGAGGGCUGAAGGGAAAUCAGACAACCCUAAGAUGCUAUGGACAUGGGGAGAGCUGCCUCAUGCUGCCAAGCCUUCAUUCCUGCAACCCAUGUCAGAGCCCAUGCUGGUAACUCCAGGGUCAAUCCCACCAUCUGCCAGCACACACUUUAGAGCCAUCACUAGAGGUGGGAUGGUGGAGUGUCAGGACAGUGAUCUCCAUUUUUAUGUGCCAGAUCUCAGGGCUGGAGAGAGGGCAUCUGCACCUGCUGUAGAAGUGGAGGCUAUCAGUGCAGCCGCUCAUAUAAUCCCAGAACUAGAGGAGGGCUGCCACGGUCCUGGAGCUCAUGCCAUUAGCAACACUGACUCUCCAUCCAAGAGGAAAGACAAAAGGAGCCAGCAUCUUGGAUCAGAUGGGAUAUACCUGGAUGACAUCAUAGAGUUGGAACCUGAGGUGGCAGCCCUGUACUUUCCAAAGAGUGAGGAAGCAACUGCAUUGAGCAGCGGGAUAGAUCCGAGGAGUGCCAAUCAAUCCCCUCAGUCAGUGGGCAGCAGUGGAAUAGACAGCGGAGUGGACAGCUUUUCAGAUCAGUUAGGAGACUUGCCUAAUAUUGCCAUCUCUCUGUGCGGAGGACUGUCAGAAAACAGGGAGAUCACUAGAGAGGAAUUUGAGGAACGAGCAAUAUCCUAUCAGGAGUUUGCAGAUAAUCCAUCUAUUAUUGAUGAUCCCAACCUGGUUGUAAAGAUUGGACCCAAGUAUUAUAACUGGACCACAGCUGCUCCUAUUGUACUGGCAAUGCAGGUUUUCCAGAAGCCCUUGCCAAAGGCCACGGUGGAGAACAUUAUGAAGGAGAAGAUGGCCAAGAAAGGAGGACGCUGGUGGUUUUCAUGGAGGGGCAGGAAUAGCAGCUCCAAGUCGGAAUCAGCAUCAGACCAGAUUGAGAGUGGAGAGCAGGUUAUAAGAACAGACUCUAUUGGCAGUUUCAAGAAUGAAUCAUCAUCCAGUGAAGAUGACUGUGGAGCUUCUAAGCAGAAUCCUGUGAGCAACCAGCCUGAAGCUCUUCUCAGCUCUGGUGGCCACUACUACAGGAAGACUCUACGUUUGUCAUCAGAACAGCUAGCCAGUCUGAAUCUAAAAGAUGGCCCUAAUGAUGUGGUCUUCAGUGUCACCACCCAGUAUCAGGGCACCUGCCGCUGUGAGGGCACCAUUUAUUUGUGGAGCUGGGAUGACAAGAUAGUGAUUUCCGACAUUGAUGGCACCAUCACAAGAUCUGACACCCUGGGACACAUUUUGCCAACUCUGGGCAAAGACUGGACUCAUCAGGGCAUUGCCCGACUCUACCACAGAGUCAGCCAGAAUGGCUACAAGUUUAUGUACUGUUCAGCACGGGCAAUAGGGAUGGCUGAUAUGACAAGGGGUUAUUUGCACUGGGUUAAUGAAAGAGGCACCAUGCUACCUAUGGGACCUGUACUGCUAAGUCCCAGCAGUCUGUUCUCUGCAUUUCACAGGGAGGUCAUUGAGAAGAAGCCAGAGAAGUUUAAAAUCGAAUGUCUGACGGACAUUAAAAACUUGUUCCAUCCAAACACAGAGCCCUUCUAUGCUGCUUUUGGAAACAGGGCAACAGAUGUUUAUUCAUAUAAAGAGGUGGGAGUGCCUUUGAACAGAAUAUUUACUGUAAAUCCUAAGGGAGAGCUCAUUCAAGAACAUGCGAGGACCAACAUAUCAUCGUAUGGUCGCCUGUGUGAGGUUGUGGACCAUGUCUUCCCUCCUUUGAUCAGAGGAAACACCACCGACUUACCCUGUUCAGACACUUUCAGUCAGUUUACUUUCUGGAGAGAGAAGUUACCGGAAGUUGACAAGCAGGAUCAACAAACUAAAAGCAGCUGAAAGACAUAUUCACAAAAGCUAACAUGUCUAGGUAUUCCUCACCUACAAUCUCAGCUCAAAUGCUGCACUGCCAUAAGGGAUUCCUUUACGCACAAGCAACAUAGCACUUUACAGACUGCAUGCUGCCCUUCACCUGUUCCUACAUUAUCAUUUUAGUGUGCUAAUGUUUUGUUUUACUGACAAAAGCCUGAAUUUAUUAGCAUAUAAUAUGCAGCUCAUUUUAGGGAUUUGUUUUAUUUUUAUGACUACAAUUAUUUUAAAGUGUCAAAUGCAUUAUUCAUUACCAAGACAAUUACAUUAUGCUGUCAUAUAAUAUUGUGUUCUUCAGCAGUUAUCACGAAGCAAGAAAUUUGAAAGCUUCAAAACGUUAAUUUAAAAAUAUAUACAAAUUAAAAAAAUAAUACUUCAAAAACAACUCAGAUGUAGGUAUAAAGCCAACACUAGCAUUUCUCAGGUGUUACAGACUUGUAGUCAGAUAGUCUUUUGAAACUUAAAGUGACCUUUCAUAACAUCAAAGUUUUAACUGUCAGUUUAAAUGUUUCUUUGACAUCUAAAUUACUUUACUAGUCUUUCCAUUUCCUUAAGAACAAAACACAACUAAGGUGAGUGGAUAUUACUUAAUUGUGAAAUAUCUUUGACAACUUUUUUACCAUGUAGACAGCACUUUACAUUUUGCCCAAUGCUUAUUUGAUUAAUGCUUAUUAUUAUUACAUGGAAACUUUGCAUUCCUUAGUUUAUUUGUGUGCAUUUUAUGUAAGAUACAAAACACUGACCAGCAUAAUUUACAUUUAUUCAUUUGGAAGAUGCUUUUAUCCGAAGCGACUUACAAAAGAGGAAAACAGAACUGUGCAACAAGAAUUCUUAUUUUUUAGUGACUGGUUAAGUGCUCGUGGAAAAGAUGUGUUUUAAGUCGGGGUUUUUUUAAGACAGAGAGUGAGUCAGCUUCACGGAUGGAGUUGUCGGAAGGUCAUAUACUAUUAAUCAUGCAAAAACUGAUUUUGUCAUACAUCAUAGUCAGCCAUACAGCAUGUUCAAGACAAACAAAAACAUAACAAAAUAGCAAUGCAAAGAACACUCAGGUCAUGAAGUAUUCACUACCUGUAUUAUUUCCUUCAUAUUCAUAUCAUAUUUAUCAUAAAAAUCAUUUUUAUAAAAACACAUCAUACAAUAUUUUCUAUACAUUGUAUUAUAAUCUGAAAUAAGCAUUAUUAGACAAAGUCCUCAAGUGAAUGUUAUGUUAAGCAGAAGGAUGUUCAUUUCAAGAAAUAAUCUCUCUUUUUCCAACACAACACAUCUCCCCAAUAGUGCGUAUUGAUUCAAUUGUGUCUGAUUAAAGGGUGAAAUGGAUAGUGUUUUAAAGCACUGUAUAUUGGAAUAUAUUAAUGUAUGUCUUUAGUGAAUGAAUAAGUGUUUUGUGUGAUAUGAAUAGAAAUUGAAAACAUGCUCUCGCUAUGUGUUGCUCCUAUGACUUUAUUUAACAAACUAAGUGACACUUAGUAUAUUCUACUGUGGUUUUCCAUGGUUAACAAGGAGCACAUUAAACAAGCACUGAUGUGGAUGCCUAAAUGAUGAAGGGCCUUGUUGUUAAGGCAGUCCUCUCUAGGGACUAGCCGAUUUCAAAAGAACUGUGUAUUUUAGCAUAAAUCGUGUCAUUUUUCUGCAAAGAAAAUAUAGUGUAUGUGGUAUAGAUGUGUGCAAUGUGAAAAUGCAAUUUGUACUGAUCUCUGAUUUGUUUGGUGGUUAGUGAUACAGAUCUCUUUUCACAUUAUAAUGACAGAGGACUGCUUCAAACUUACAACACUGUGAAUGAUCAGAUCAAACGUUCUAGCUAUUGUCUUACACUAUUAGCCUCUUAUCCAGUUCAUUAAAAUGUCUUAUUCUAUGAAAGCUAAUACAAGAAUGUGGUACUCAUCCUAAGGGAUCUCAACAGGUUUCCAGCUAAAAUGUUCAGUUACAAAAACGUUUGUUUUGUUUGCAGUCUAUAUGGAGUUUCUAUAUUCUUUCUGUGAAAGAUUUUGUUGCCUAAGUUGACUUUGGCAGUUGAGUUUGUGUUUCAUUAUGUUCAUUGCAGAGAUGUAAAAACUACUCUUGUGUGUAUAUUUAAAAAUGCCAAAUAUCUGUAAAAUGACAAUCAUUUUCUGCCUGUGUCACUAAGGGUUCACAUGUCCACACUAAAGUGCGCAUUCCCACAUAUCAAUACUGUCCAAACAGUGCCAAAUACCUCCCCAGUUCAGGCUGGACGUCCCAAAAAUAUAGAUCGUGUGCCUUUUGUCAUGUAUGCACCACUACACACAAGCACUGUUCCCACAGUUAUAAACACUUCCCCAGUAAAAACGGGAAAUACUAUAAAUGUAGCGUGCGUGCCUGCUGUACUGCACGCACCCCUACACACAAACACUGUAUGCAUAGCCAAGAAAUCCCCACCGCGAGCGGAAGAUUUUAUGGAAGUGGUGCGCGUGCCUACUACAGUAUAUGCACCCCCACCCAUAAGCGCUGCCCAUACAGUUCCAAACAGCUCUCUAUCUCAUGCCGCAAGCAUCACAGAUGCAAUGCGCGAGCCAAGAAACUCCCCGCUAAAUGCGGGAAGCUUUAUGAAUGUGGCGCGCGUGCCUAUUACAAUAUAUGCACCCCCACCACAAAACUCUGUUCAUACAGUUUCAAGCAUCUCUCCGACUCAUGCUGCGAGCAUCUCGGAGAUAGCGCGCGUGCCUGUACUCUCACACGCACCCCUGCACUCGGCACUCAACAAUCCCGAGGAUUGGUUUCUAUCAGUGGAUUUGAAAGACGCUUACUUUCACAUUCCGAUAGCGCCUCAUCACAGGCCUUUUCUGAGAUUCGCCUUCGAGGGACAGUCAUACCAGUACACAGUACUACCAUUCGGCCUAUCAUUGGCCCCCCGUACAUUCACGAAAUGUAUGGACGCCGC